AUGUCUGAUACUCAUCACAGUGUUGCCUUUGUCGUGUGGUUAUUGAGGCUCGAGAGUUUCUUGGCCCAGAGAGCAAUCAAAGCGGGUGGCAAUUCACGUUUCGAUGAAGUAAAGGACAAAGCUCUUUGGGACAGGCAGAAAUCCACGUGGCGCCGCGACAAGCAGGAAAAUAAUCUUUCAUUUCCAAGGGGGUGUGGAGCCAGAGUCGUCGUCAUCCCAAGUUCAUACGUCGCGCAUAGUAGUUAUGUGGACGAACUUGGCAUCUGGACCGGAACGUUCGGUCUCGCCGCAUUUUCUGGCACACUACCUGUCUCUGUGUCAGGUGUUCCUCCUCUCGAGCGCGCCGCAGGAACAAUGUUGGGCGACAAUGGGAAAUGA